ACGAUGGCCCGUUGCGUCAUUCCAUUUGAUUUAAACAAGCUGGAUCGUCAAGCAAAUGGAAAAACGGAAACGGUGAAUGAUUUUGAGAAAGGCAAACUGAUUAAGGUUGCUAUAUCGACUGACAUCGAUGACAGCCACGUAGAUAAUAUUUGCGCUUCGAGUAAUAAUGGGACUUUGCUCCCCUACCCGGGCGAUUGUAGCCGGUUCAUUUUCUGUAUGCGCAAUCAAGUUUUGUCAUUAUUUUGCCCAGAAGGAUACCAGUUCAGUCCACGAUACGCACGUUGUGAACGGCCUUCAAUUGCAGAAUGUGCCGGACUCUCUAGAUAAUGAAAAAAAA